AUGCCAUCAUUGCAGGCUGCAAGACGAAUAACAAUAUCCACUACGAGACACGUACACAACACUACCUUCACGCCUCGAUCCGCCCUCUCAAGAUGCUAUUCCUCGACAGGAGAUUCAACGUCCAAGAAACAGCAAGAUGAAACAUUGAUUGCCACCGUCAAGCCUUCGGAAAUUCAGAAACCAACGAAGAAAACGCAAGCCGAGCUUGAUAGAGAGCUUCAGCUGAAAAUGCAGGGACUGGCUGGUGAUGGGGGAGAGUCCGGUGUUGAGUAUGAAGAUGGUCAACCGGUAUCGAUGAAGAGAAGUGUGAAGAACAAUAUGUUCCGCUAUAUUUGA